UUGAAAUUGUUACUAUUUUAAGGAAAAAAAUUGAAAUAGUUUAACAGAAAAAAGGGCCGGGUGUAUUUAAUGAAUAAACUGUUAACUUAAAUAAAGAGAAAAAAUGAAAUGUCACAUUCCAGGGCCCAAUGUUAAAGUUUUAGGUAGAACAAUCCAUGCUUUAGCAAGAUUCGGAGAUGAAUUAUAUUUAGAAUCAUCGCCGGAUGCAAUUCUAUUAAGGACAUUAAAUGCAGCUGAAUCAGCUUAUGCCAUGAUUAAGUUUAACAAGGUUUUCUUCUCAUAUUUUAAUUAUAACUUCUAUUCAGCUAACGAUAAAGAGGGAUUAAAAUGUAAAAUAUCUAUGAAGAGUGCUCUUAAUGCUUUUAAAUCCCCUACACAUAUGGACAAACAAGUAGAAAACUUAGAAAUAAAACUAGACCCUGAGUCAUGUAAACUAAUAUUUAUUGUAAAAUGCAAGCAUGGUAUUGUUAAGACACACUUUGUUUCUAUAUUAGACUGUAAAGCAAUGCAAGCAAUUUAUUCUAAGGACUUAGUGCACAACAGGAUUACAUGUUCACAAAAAAUAUUUACAGAAGCUUUAGGAAAUUUUCAAAGUUCAGAUGAUCAAGUAACAAUUCAAGCAAAUUCAAAUUCCUUUAUCAUACGUAACUAUGUUGAUUGCAAUAUUGAUUUAACAAAAGUAAUUAGAACUCAGAUUAACAUUAAACCAAUAGAGUUUGACAGUUAUGUAAUUGAAACAGACACAAUAAUUACUUUUACUUUAAAAGAAUUUAAAGCUUUAUUAGCAUUUGCUGAAGCAUUAAGUUUGCCUCUACAGCUACAAUUUGAAACAACAGGGAAGCCAGUUGUGUUUAUAAUUCGCAAUAGUAACACAUUUGAAGCACAUUUUGUAUUAGCUACCUCUAAACCUGAUACAAACACUCAAGCCUCAUCAACACAAAACAGUUCAGCUAUUGAAAGAAAAAGAAAGGAGCAUAGUAAAUCAAACAGCCCAAUAAAGAAAAAACUCCAUUUAGAUGUAGAUUUAUCAAAGUGUCUAGAUGAAGAUUCUCAUCUUUUUAAUUAUAUAGAUAUACCAAUAGAAAAAGAUUUAAAUAACAUUGACAAGUUAGUACGUAAUGAAACAACUGGUAGCCAAAGUAUACUACAGAAUGAUAUGGAGAGUGACAAUAUUAUACCAGGAUCCCCAACCUCUAAGAUAAAGAUACAGGCUAUAUUUAAAAGGUGCUUUGAAAGCACAUUUGAUCCUAGAAGUAUUCAAGGUUUAGUUUUAGCAGAAAACUCAGAUAGUGAAUAAAAUAAUGUAUUUUUUAA